AUGGAAACCUCUCCGCUGCUUCAGAUAUCCUCCCUAUCUACCUUGGCCAAUGACUGCGAGUCAUGCAGAAAUCGUUUAGACCGCAAAUCUAUAGGCUUACAGGUUUUGUCACAGUCUGCGAAAAGCGGCUGCGCCUCUUGUUCGGUUUUACACCGCGUAGUGUUUGAAGUGUUAGACUGUAGAUUUCCAGCAUGGACAGAGAUCAAAGCUGAUUUAGUUGUGGCAUUUCAAGCUAAUUCAUCGUUGAGUAUUAUACUUAGACAAAGCGGAGAAAGAAAAAUACCCUCUCUUCAAUUCGCCAUUUAUACCAGGUACGGUCACCCACAGUCUGCGUCGCCUUUCGUAAGAAUAGGUCGCGAUUGUUCCGGACCUCGACGAGACGCAUACUCUGAUGUCUGUAAAGACUGGAUCGGUAAUUGCGAAUUAAGCCACUCACGAUGUCGGAAAGGACCUACAACUUUACCAGGCCGUAUAUUAGAUGUUGGAUUUCACGAAGACAAUCUAAUCCGCCUCCGUGUCUUUGAGGCUCCUCAAAAAGGCUAUUAUACAGCACUCAGCCACUGCUGGGGGGGCCUCAUUCAGUGCAGGACGACUAAGGGUAAUUAUUCUGAGAGACUGGACGGAAUAUCGGUGUCGAGUCUUCCACAAUCUUUUCAGGAUGCGGUGACUGUCACAAGAAGUCUUGAAGUCAGAUACUUGUGGAUUGAUGCUCUCUGUAUCAUUCAAGACGACAUAGACGACUGGGAGACGAUUUCAGGAGAUAUGGCUGCAAUCUACCGUAACGCCUACCUGGUGAUCGGUGCUGAUAUGUCUGAAAACUGUCAUGAAGGGUUUCUGAACUCUUGGGAACCGGGCAAGUACCCAACAGGCCCCGGAAAGCCUGUUGCGUAUAUUACAGACGAGAAAGCCACUUUAUACUGGCGCACUCUUCAGCAUGAAUUCAAACCAUGUUCCGUCUUCGCCGACCGCCAUAGGCGACAGAAAAUCGCAGAGAGAGUCUGGACUUUCCAAGAACAUCUUUUGUCCACAAGAAUGAUACAUUUUGCAGACACCGAGCUAGUGUGGGAAUGUGAAUGUAUUGUCCUUUGCGAGUGUAUGGAGAUAGACCCCAAAGAUACGCCAAGCGGCAAUUCGAUCGAUUUUCGCGGUGGUAUGGACGGUUUUCGUCAAUGGCUCCAAUCUUCCAUGGAUAACAAAUUUUCCAUGUGGUCAUGUAUUGUAGAUGCAGUAAUGGGGAAAAGCAUCACGUACGAGCAAGAUAUUCUUCCAGCUCUUUCUGGAAUCGUUGGCGAGUUUCAGCGUAGCGGUGCUGGUCCAUAUCUAGCUGGUAUAUGGUUGAACGACUAUCCUCAAAGUCUCUUUUGGAGUGCAGGCGGUAGCGGCAUCUCUGAUCAACGGCCUGUAGCCUACAGAGCUCCCACUUGGUCAUGGGCGUCCAUAAAAAGCGACCGGCCCCUUUGCAAAUACAGCUUCGGGUGGAGCCAACAUAGAAUACUCAAGACCUACGCUAAAAUUAUUGCUGCAUCAUGCACACCAAAGGGAAAAGAUCCUCUGGGAGCCGUAACAGAUGGAUUCAUGGAAGUCGUAGGGCCUCUUUUGCAAGUUCGGUGCAUUGAGUUUGUUGGUGGGAGCGCUACACUCGUUGCAGACUCCGAGCUCACUUCAUCAUCUCUCAAUCCUAUUCGAGGUUUUUUUGAUCUUCCAGAAUCGCGUGUUUCAUCUAAAAAUGUUUUUUGUUUGUAUAUUGGCUCAUGGAAGUAUCUAUAUGGGGUCUUUAUGAAAGUACGUCCCAGGAUAUCUGCUCAUUCGGGUCUGUUGUUGAUCGCUAGUGAAGGCUUAAAUGAUGGUAAAUAUGAGAGAGUUGGAAUAUUCGUUGAAGGGCUUGUCUCGACUGAAGGUCUUCCUUCUGGGGUUGUGGAGACUGUUGUCACUAUCAUUUAA